UUGCUAAUAAAGUUUGUUUAAAUAAAGUUAUCGGUAAGCACUGCGCAUGCACGUUCUGGAGAUUUCCUCACGUGGAGAGAUUCACUGUCAGUGUACUUCAUCCACGCGAACGGACAAACCGGCUGCAGCUCCACGCCGACUCUCAGACAAACACAAAUGGCCUUCAGAAAAUUCCUCCCCCUGUUUGACCGGGUGCUGGUCGAGCGCUUCACAGCCGAGACUGUAACGAAGGGCGGCAUCAUGCUGCCGGAGAAGUCCCAAGGCAAGGUGCUGCAGGCCACGGUGGUGGCGGUGGGACCCGGCUCCCUCAACCAGAAAGGAAACCUGCAGCCGAUGAGUGUAAAGGUUGGAGAGAAGGUACUUCUACCGGAGUACGGUGGAACUAAAGUCGUCCUGGAUGACAAGGAUUACUUCUUGUUCCGGGAUGGAGACAUUCUUGGCAAAUACACUGAAUGAGUCUUCAUUGUGUUUCUAGAAGAAAUUAAAAUGUCACAUCACGUCUACUUUCAUUUUCUAUGUUUUUUUCAAUUGUAAAUAAUUCUAAUCACAUUUUUGUUACAGUAAUAAAGGUGAACUGUCGUCUGACUUGUUUCAUUUGCGGAUGAUUAAAAAUUCCAAUUUCUA